CAGAGAUAUCUAUCAGCAAGAGCGCGCAUAUCCCAGUUCGCACCACUUCAAGGCGCUCUGCGAUGCGAUAAGUAUGAAAGUACGUCCUCAGUUCCUUCCAGUUUGUCGCAGCGUUGAUGUCGUUCCUCGCUAAAGCGUUCACUAAGCGUGCGGUUUACACUACAGUUCAGUGCCAUGUUAGUCCAGUCGGAUAAUUAUCCUCCGGGGCGGUCUCGUCCUGCGGCGCUUCCUCCAGGAAUUCUCGACUCCCCCACGCUCGCCAGAGUCGAGCGGGCUAUGUUGAGACAUGAGGGUACUAAUCGGGAAGGACAGGACCUCCUGAGGGCUCAACAUACACAGUCUCUUCUUUCCAGCAACUAUGGAAAGGAGUCAGUACAUGCGAUUAAGAGGGGCCUUCUCUGGCAACAGCGCGACAAACUUUUCAGUCGUUGGAAGGAACGGUAUUUUAUCCUCACUCGGGACUACUUGCAUUGCUUCCGAAGAGCAUCAGGAUCUGAUCGGAUAUCGGAAAUGGGCCAAUUCCUGUUUAAAGUUAAACUGAUCGAUGUGGAGCGGGUUGAGUGGGAGAAUAAGAAAACCUAUAGCACAGUUGCCCUGAUCCUCGGGCGGGAUGGAAAAAUCUACCUAAGAGCCGCCGAUGGACUGGAGGAUUGGUUUGAACUACUGGAGGAAUGUAUGUUGACUAGCAAGGAACGAAGGAGGGCGCUUAGAUGUUCGCACGAUGGGAGACCUAGAGAUAAUAAUAACAUUACCACGACUUUAGACGAAUGGUUAGCUGCUCGUCAGAAAAUACCGAUGGGACGACUGCCUACAGAUAGUGUUAGUACCAGACAAGACACCGUGAAGCGUCGAGAGUGGACUCCUCGGGAAGAGGAAUGGGAAAAUCCAACACUGGAUAACAGAUUGUCCCGCAAAAACACAGCAGCUAAACAGUCUAAACGUGGUAGGAAACGCAAAUGGUUUUUUAUGAGUAAAACUUUUUUAACUGACAUCGACAUCAACUCAUACGAUGACAGUACAUUGGGAACACCCUCUGUGACCUCAUACAGGAUGAACCAAGAUGUGUUAUGUAUUCAACCACCCUCCUUACGAACUCAAGGCUCCUUUAGAUCUACUAGAGAUACGGCCAACUCAUCUUCUAAGAGAAAUAUUUCUAAUCCACCGGAAUCGCAGUGUCAAUAUAUCAAGUUUAGAGAGCGUUCAUAUAGCGACAUACAGCAUGUAGAGAGAAAACCAUGGAGAGCUAUAGCAGGUCGUCAGUUUAACUAAGGACUUCCAGUUUGAAUACCUAGUCAUAUCCAAAGCCAUAGCUUCGUUUAACAUACCAAAUCCAUCUAACUGAUCAUAUUACCAUUUGGAUUCUUUACGACAUACGUAACGUUGCCUAACUCUUUUAUAUGCUAUUUAUAUGCUAUUUACUGGAUUUUUUAGAAAGACUUUCGAUAUAAAUAUUUAUAUUUUUUAAUAAUUUUUGCAUUACUAGUUUGUAGUUAGGUUAAUUGUUUGUGUACUCUAAAUUUUUGUGAUUUACAACUUAAAUGUUAUAGACUCUAUAUGACCAAAGAUUCUACGGAAAUCUUUCAUAACCAAGGGUAAGAAAUAGGGUUAUGUAUUUGUUAGAUACUCUACAAUUAGUGCAUAGAAUUAGAUAUUAACACCUAGCUAUAGUUCUAUGAUCUACUCGUAUUGUGUAUUUAUAUGUAUUAAAAUUUUGAAGGUA